AUGGCACAAAUAAACCCUUUACAAUAUCGUCCAAAUGCUUGCCCUUUAUGCUUAACUUGUUUAAUAUGCACGGAAGUAUAUGGCAAAAACUGUAUUUGUCCUCCUAAGGAACUGAAAUGGCAACGAAAGAGCAGUGAAUAUAAAAUUGAUUUCCGUCACAAGUACUUGAUAUGGUUGCGGCCAGAAAACAAAAAGAUAAAGUUAGACAAUGUAUUUGUUGAUUGGUUUUAUAGCAAUAUUUCACCAGAUUUGGAAAUAUCAGAGGAUCAACAUGAUGCAAACGUUUGCAGAAAAUCAUUGAAUCAACCAAGGAAAAUUAAAUCUAGAUCGGAUUGGCUUCCAAUUCUUUCUAAAGAACUUCCGAAAACAUGGAGAAAAAUUGAGAUAGGAUUUUAUUCUUAUCAGCUAUCUAAAG